AUGGAUAAAAUCAAAGUGGCUGUGAGGGUGAGGCCUGUUAACAGGAGAGAGAAAGAACUGGGUACAAAAUGUGUAGUGGACAUGGAAAACAAUCAGACUAUUCUACAUUCUUUAAAAGAACCAGGUCAUUGGUUAUUGAGGUACCGUGCCCUAUAUAUAGUUAAGUCACUUGGUGCCAGUUUUGGCAAUAAAUUUGCUGUUAUAUGUAGUGUGGUCUCAAAAGCAUUGGCCAUGUCUUUGAAAUUGUUUUUCUUUGUAAAUUAUUAUGCUUCUGGUUCAAAUAGUACAUUAUUCACUUGGUACUAA